UAUAUGGAGGAGUAGUAAUUUCAGGGGUUCAUUUCUCUCUUAUACCCUCCCUACUAAUGUGAAAAUAACAUUGUUUCACUCUAAGGAAAGUCAGAUUCUACUAUAUUAUUAAUCCCUGUCACUGUAUUUUUAGGAGGUCACCCAUCAGGAUCCUGCAAGCUCUCUCCUCAUGCCUGUGUCACACUGGCUUCAUGGCAGAUAAUAACCACUCUCACUUCCAACACCCUUACUUUGUCUUAACGGGAAUUCCAGGGCUUGAACAAAAGUAUUACUGGAUAGCAUUCCCACUGGGUGCUAUAUAUGUCAUUGCCCUCUUUGGCAAUGGUGUUAUCAUCUCUACCAUCAAGUCUGAAUCAUCCCUGCAUAUCCCCAUGUACUAUUUUCUCUGCAUGCUGGCCCUGGCAGACAUGGGACUUACCCUCUGUACUCUGCCCUCUAUGCUAGGCAUAUUCUGGUUUAACUAUAAGUCCAUUGCCUUUGAUUCCUGCCUUGUUCAGAUGUACUUCAUUCACACCUUCUCAGCCAUUGAAUCUGGUGUACUGGUGGCCAUGGCCUUUGAUCGGGUUGUAGCCAUCUGGAACCCCCUCAGGUAUGGGACCAUCAUAACCAAUGGUGUGGUCUGCAGAGCUGGGACAGUCAUCUUGACAAGGGCAGUCUGUGUGGUCUUCCCUGUGCCUUUCCUCAUCAAGCGACUUCCCUUCUACCACUCCAACAUCCUCUCCCACUCCUUCUGCCUUCACCAAGAUGUCAUGCGCCUUGCCUGUGCCAGCACUCGUAUCAACAGUCUCUAUGGCCUUAUUGCUGUCAUCUUCACCAAGGGUUCUGACUCCCUCUCUAUCCUCCUCUCCUAUGUGUUCAUACUCCGAGCGGUAAUGGCCAUUGCCUCAGGGGAGGGCCGGCUGAAAGCACUCAACACCUGUGUUUCACAUAUCUGUGCUGUACUCAUCUUCUAUGUUCCACUCAUUGGGCUGUCUGUCAUCCAUCGUUUUGGAAAGCAUCUUUCACCACUGACUCAUGUCCUCAUGGCUAAUGCCUACCUUCUUGUACCCCCUGUGCUAAACCCUGUAGUCUAUACCGUGAAGACCAAGGAGAUGAGAAAGAAAAUAAUUCAAAUAUUUGUUCAAACCAAGAUCACUGCAGAGGGUUAG